UAGCCUGCUUAGGUCUGAUCAGCCUAAGUCACACAGUCCCCUGCAACCUUCUGCAUGCUUGUCUACAAGGGUCUUCCCCCCAUUCAAGUUCAUACUUCUCAGAAACAGUGAGCUUGGAGUGUUCCUUUUUUCUUCAUCACCCUCUGACAAAGAAAUCCAGAUGACACAGAAACCACUGAAGAUAAUACCUGGAAAAUGGCAGUUUUGGAAAUAACUUUGGCUGUCAUCCUGACUCUACUGGGACUUGCCAUUCUGGCUAUUUUAUUAACAAGAUGGACACGGCGCAAGCAAAAUGAAAUUGAUGUCUCAAGAUACAGUUCAGAACAAAGUGCUGGUCUUCUGGACUAUGAGGAUGGUAGAGAUGUUCCCUCUCAGAGAUCUGAAAGAGGAAGAGGAUUCCGUCAUUUGUAUUCAACAGAAAGUGACACUUCAUAUGAUGAUCAAGAGGGAUCCAAAAGAGAUUACACAUCAUCAGCCAACUCCUUAGCACUAUCUCGAUCAAGUAUUGGAGAACAAAGAGGUGAUGCAAAAAUCCUCAAAGUAACUCCAGAACCUUUAUCAGGUUCAGCAGGACCUAUAACUGGAACCAUUGGACCCAUAAUGCAAUUCACAGCACCAAUUCCAGGAGCUACGGGACCUAUCAAGCUCUCUCAAAAAACCAUUGUGCAAACUCCAGGACCUAUUGUGCAAUAUACUGGGCCCAGUGGUGAAACUUCAGAAAUGACUAUUCAAAUACACCUGAUCAGAAAAACUUUUCAAGAAGUUUUAUCACUAGAAAAUUUACCAAUAGAAAAAAUGAGUAGGAGAGUAAAUGAGCAGGGGGCAAUAAGAAAUGUCUCUGCUUAUUUUUUAGUAGGAUCAACUCGUCACAAGAACAUUGGAUCAGUUCCACCUGCCCUCACUGGUCCACCACCUUCAAUGCCCAGAGGUGUGCCCCCGCCUCCCAUAAUGAUUUCACAGAGAACCUCAACAAGACCUGAGAAACCUAAGACAAGACAAGAAGAGCCAACACAUGGAGCAGUACCUAUCAUUACUCCAGUACCUCUUGUAAUUGGUCCAGUAGCAGCUGUGGACAGUUCUGGAAAAAUCACACUAUCUCCUAUGGUUAUAUUUCCAGGUUACAUGGAUGCAGAACUUGCAAAAAAAUCUGAUUUCAAGGCCAAGAUCCUAAAAAAUGGAGCCACUACAAAGUCUGAGAACAGCCAAGAAGAAAACAAGAAAACAUUAAAGAAGGAAAAGUUAGUCACAAAUUCUGAUGAAUCCUUGAUUUCAGGGCACACACCAGAGACAAAAACCAAAGCAAAAGAUACUGAGUUGGAGAAAGGUGAAAUAAAAAUGGAGGUCAAGUUAAAGGAGAGUGACACCAGGAUACCAAAAGAGGAAGACCAGGUAAAUGUGAGUGACACUGGAAUACCACAAGAACAGGAGGCUCAUGUAGAGAUGAAUGAUACCGGAAUACCACAAGAACAGGAAGACCAAGAAAAAAAGAGUGAGUCUGGAAUACUACAAAGACAGGGAUCCCAAGUAAAGAAGAGUGAGUCCGGAAUAAAAGAAGGACAGGGAUCCCAAGUAAAGAAGAGUGAAUCUGGAAUAAAACAAGAACAGGGAUCUCAAGUACAGAAGAGUGAGUCUGGAAUAAAAGAAGGACAGGGAUCUCAAGUAAAGAGUGACACCAGAAUACAAGAAGGACGGGAGUCCCAGGUGGAGAAUAGUGAAGCUGGAAUACCACAAAGACAGGAGUCUCCAGUAGAGAAUAGUGAAGCUGGAGUACCACAAGGACCACACGAGUCCCCAGCAAAGACUAGUGAAGCUGGAACACCCCAAGGACAUGAGUCCCCAGUAGAGAGUAGUGAGUCUGAGAUACUGCUAAUUCAGGGGCCUCAAGUAAAGAGAGAGAGUUCUGAGGAUCAAGGAGAACAGGGAAAUGCAAGGAAGAAGACAGAUACAGAAGAAAAUGAUGCUCUGAAGAAAAGUGAUGAAGGAAAGCACAAAGUUAAAGGAAAGAAAGAAUCCGAAGUUAAGAGUAAAAAAAUAAGGUUCAGUAAGGGGCAAAGGCAAAUAAAGGAAGAAGUACAACAAAAAGAUGGAAAGAGUAAGGGGAAAUAAAAGGAAGGCUCAUAAGUCAACUGAUUAUUAUGAUUCCCAUCCCCUAGAUACAAGUCACCACCCAUUUAUUGCUUAAAUGGAUCAUAAUUAGAGAAUCCCUUUAAUUUAUAUGUCUACAAUAGAUGUUUCACCAUUUUUAGUCCUCCCAGCUACAAAUCUUGGCUUCCAAUUCUUUGCUUUCUAAGUUGAUACUUUUAUGACUUAGUCAAGAAAGAUGAUACUUUCUGAAAUAAAACAUUUUGAGAAUGUUUGAAAUGUAUAAUUUCACUGGAAAGAAAUGUAUAAUUUCCUUCGACUACUAUUAAAAUUAACUCAGUAACAGCCAAACAAUCAACCAAUCAGUGGUCUUCAUGGUAGGCUAAAUGUUCAUGAAAUGCUGUUCUAGCAAUAAGUGGUACAGAAAAAUA